AUGUCAACCAGAGUCCUCCUCGUCCUCCUCCUCAUUGCUUUAGCUCUCUCAGCGCCUUAUACCAAUCGUGCUGAUGACCUUGUUAGUGACGAUUCAGAUGGCGAUGACACGGAAGAUGGUAAAACGAUUAAUGGGAAAGAUUUCCCUGCCGAUUUCAUAUUUGGAGCAGCUUCAUCUGCUUACCAGGUUGAAGGUGCUGCAAAUGAAGAUGGUAAAGGACCAAAUAAGGUGAAGGAUCAUAGUAGUGGGAAGGUUGCAGAUGAUUCAUAUCAUCGUUACAAGACUGGAAAAACUCUCAGGAAGAUGUUAAGUAUGUUGAAGGAUUUGGGAUUCGAUGCUUACAGAUUUUCCAUCGCGUGGACCAAAAUAUUACCCCGAAUGCAGCCUGUUGCGACCAUCUUCCACUUGGAUCUUCCACAAGCACUUGAAGAUGAAUAUAGAGGCUUUUUGAACAAAACCAUUGUGAGUGAUUUUGCGGAUUAUGCAUGGCUGUGUUUUAGACUGUUUGGUGAUAGAAUUAAGCAUUGGAUCACAAUAAAUGAGCCAUUUUCCUAUAGUGUUUUUGGAUAUGCAUAUGGUACUUUUCCUCCUAAUAGAUGUUCCGGUGACCAAAGUGCACUCCAUGGGAAUUAUGCAUUUUUCGUGAGUAGAUAUGUAAAUUCUGUAACUUCGGAUUGCAAAGAAGGAAAUUCGGGGACGGAACCUUACCUGGUUUCACAUCAUCUACUUCUUGCUCAUGCUGCAGCUGUCAAAGUCUAUAGAGGAGAGAACUUCCAGAAGUCUCAAAAGGGUCAGAUUGGCAUUACGCUUAAUGUAGAUUGGGCUGUGCCUUAUGACGAUCAGUCGGAAAAGGACCAAGACGCAGCAAAACGAGCACUGGCAUUCAUGUAUGGAUGGUUCAUGGAUCCUCUAUACAAUGGGACCUACCCAAAUGUAAUGGUGACGCAUGUAAAAGAGCGGUUACCCAAAUUCUCAAAAUCAGAAUCGGAGAUGGUAAAAGGGUCAUACGAUUUCAUCGGGAUAAAUUAUUAUACUGCUUCUUAUUCAAUCGAUCGUCCCUGUCUAUAUGGUCGUACAGGAAACUACUUGACUGAUUCUUGCGUUAAUGCCACGUUCAAUAAUGUGGGUCGACUUGGAUUACCGAGUAUUGUGCGCCUAAGAGGGCAGCGCACUUUUGGGAUGCGAAAGAGCUCUUAUCGCCCCCAGCUCCCCAACCUAAUGCAGCCCCGGGUUCAGACCGCAUAG